AUGGAUACCUUACUCACCGCGGAAAUCGUGGCCAACUCGCCGCAAUUCCGGCGCAAGUCUUCAAUCUUCGUCGAUGCGAUUCACGAUCUGCCUGAAAAGGCCGACCUUGCCCCAGCUCAGCUGUACAGCACUGAGUCCGGCCGACUUUUCCACUCCGGUCGAAUCGUGAUCAUCACAGUAGGGCUACCCGCAAGAGGAAAGACGCAUAUGUCUGUGGCCCUGGCACGGUAUCUAAGAUGGCUUGGAGUCAAAACCAGGAUAUUCCAUCUCGGCGAUUACCGCCGUGCUACUAUCCCUUUUGGUGAGGAUAUGCCUGAUGAUUAUUUCUAUGUGAAUGCCACCGCUUCUUCCGUUCUCCUACGCCAGAAAAUCGUGCGAAAAUGCCGAGAAGACAUCUACCACUUUUUGAACCACGAAAACGGCCAAAUUGCCAUUUAUGAUGCUGUGAACCCUCUCGCUUCGGGACGGCGCUCGCUUGCCAAAGAAUUUGCAAAACACGACAUCGAGACGCUUUUCAUCGAGUCAUGGUGUGACGACGAGAAGAUUAUUGAGGAGAAUGUCCGUCGAGUUAAGAUUUCGUCCCCCGAUUACGUUUCAUGGACUCCGGAGGAUGCUGUUAAGCAUUACCUCACUCGCAUAUCAUCGCGCAUUCCUCAAUUCCAAACUAUGGAGGAGAAGGAUUUGAACUACAUCAAGAUGAUGAAUGCUGGCGAGAGACUCAUUGUGAAUAACCGAAGCUUUGGAUAUUUGUCCAAUCGGAUCGUCUUCUAUCUUUUGAACCUUCACAUCAAAUCCAGGAGAACUUAUUUUGCACGGGCUGGUGUUUCGCUUGAUGCAGACUCGUACAAAGCGGAUGCCUCCCUGUCCGACCAAGGGGAGGAUUAUGCUAAAAAGAUGACUGAAUGCUUGAUGGCCCACCGAGAAUCAGAGAAACAAGCGAUGAUCGAUCGAGGCGAAUCGGGUUACGAACUCCGACCUUUGAAAGUUUGGACAUCAACCAGGCGCCGAACUGUGGAAACUGCGAGAUACCUCUAUGAGAGGGGCUACAAAGUUCGACAACGGUCCCAGAUGAGCCAGCUCAACCCAGGGGUCUGCGAGAAAAUGUCAGAGAACAAGAUUCGGGCCGAGUUCGCCGAUGAAGUUGCGAAGCAUGAGCUGGAUCCUUACCACCAUCGCUACCCCCGUGCAGAGUCCUACCAUGACUUGGCUGUCCGCCUUGAACCGAUUAUUCUCGAACUCGAGCGAGAAGAUAAUGACUUGCUCAUUAUUGCUCACGAAAGUGUACUGCGCGUCUUAUAUGGCUAUCUCAUGGCCUGUAAUGCUGCCGAUAUUCCUUUCCUUGAGUUCCCUCGUGAUGAAAUAAUUGAGAUCAUUCCCGAAAGCUACCAAAACGAGGCAAGCCGAAUUCAUAUCCCGGACCUUCCAGAAGAGAUCAUACCCGCAUCGCCUGAGGAUUUGAAGAUCCCAGUGCCCCCAAGCGGCAUGGUGUCUCCUAUCCAGGGCCUAGGAAGCCCACCAGAUGGCCAGGGAACGCCCCAGAGUGGUUUCCGUACUCCGAGUGGAAUUCGUACCCCUCGCGAGCCUGAAAGGAUCUCCCAGCAGCAUGUUGAAGAUGUUGUGUAG